AUGGAGUGGGCGAGAAAGUUAGAUGAUGCACUCUGGGCCUAUCGUACCGCUUUCCAAACUCCGAUUGGCAUGUCACCAUAUAAAUUGGUGUUUGGGAAGGCGUGUCACUUACCAGUGGAGUUGGAUCAUAGAGCUUUGUGGGCAUUGAGGCAGCUUAAUCUCGAUAUAGAAGCUGCGGGUACAAGUAGAGUCACAGAGUUGCACAAGCUUGAUGAGUUUCUCUACCACGCUUUUGAGAGCAUAAGACUAUACAAGGAGAGAAUGAAGAUGAUGCAUGACAAAAACAUCCUUGAGUGGAGUUUUAAACCCGGAGAUAUGGUAUUGCUAUACGAUUCAAGAUUGAGGUUAUUUCCGGGAAAAUUAAAGUCAAGAUGGUCAGGGCCAUUUCGUGUGGUAGAGAUUCGCCCCACUGGUGCCUCAGAGAUUGCGACGGAAAAUGACUCUCGCACGUUUAGAGUCAAUGGGCACAGGUUAAAAUAUUAUUUGGACAUGGAUGACGCGAAAGUAGUGUCGGCGACUCAUUUUCUCGCACUACCAAUGUUGAGCGAGCCUUAA